AUGCAUUCAAAUUCUCCUAAUUUUGAUCCCCAUCCUGAGAAUACGCAUAUUUCGAUUCCCGAAGUUCCUCCUGAAGAUGCAUUUUCUUAUUCUCUUGAAACUUUUGGCUCACAUAACGAACCCAUAGGCUACACAUGUAAUGCUGUCGGCAAUUUUAAACAGAAUGAAUACCAAACGUACCGCAUUAUUGACCCUGAUAGUUGUCAAGUUUUAAAAGAGAUUGUUUAUAUACAUUCUACUCCACAAGAGGCUCAUUCAACUUGCGUGCCUAAAGAAUCGUGGCUUACGGAUAACCUUUAUGGUAUCUCGAACUCUCAGCAAGGUAUUCAAAAUGCCUCUACUGCUGAAUACAUUCCCACUCAUGAUUUUCAUUGUUCUAAUUGUGAUGAAAUAUUUGGAUGUGAAUGCCAGCUUUAUUUGCAUAGACUUUUACAUCAUUCUCCUUUGUCGAAAUUGGAAGUGCUCAAAUGUGAAAUAUGCGGCAAAAAAUGUUCCAGAGUUUCUGCGUUCAAAAGUCAUCUUUCUCUUCAUAUUCUGCGUAAUGAUCAGACAUGUCCCCGUUGUCAAGCUAAACUACCCAACUCAUUCACGCAGGAUGAUGCCAAUAACAAAGUGCUCCCCAUUUCCCGUAAUCAAUACCGCUGCAAGUUGUGCGGAACUGUAAACUCUUCUCUUACUCAACUUCGAAUUCAUUAUAAGCGAAACCAUCCGAAAAGGGAGCCUUGUACCACUGGGACUCAGCAGCAAAAUGAACAGAAGGAACCUUCUCAUUCAGCAUCCAACCGACGUAUUUCGAAGGACAAGGCCUUCGACUUUAUAAAGGAAAUCGCUUCCUUGUCUAAGUAUGAGAAGCACAAAACUUCUUCUUGUAAUCUUAUAAGCGAUCUUGAUUUAUCUGAGUACGUCAGGAAGGUGGCUGUUACGAAAAAAAGGCAUAGCUUUCUGUGCACAUUGUGUGGUAAAAAGUUUCCAUCUACUACACGCGCAAAAUAUCAUGUUUUCUCGCAUCUGGGUGUUAAGCCUUUUUGCUGUCCACAUUGUUCUAAGAGGUUUACUCAAAAGAGUGCUAUGGAGACUCACAUGAAAAUCCACGAUGCGCCAAAGAGUUGCACUUGCCCAUACUGUGAAAAAUCCUUCAAUUUUAAACAAAACCUUGACUUUCAUGUUGCAAAAUAUCACACAGUUGUGUCCACUGUGGAAAGGCCUCUUCAAACAAAACGGGAUCUUAGCACCAUUAGAUCAUUUAUCAUUUCUUAUAAGGAUCUCUCAAAAUCCCUCCUCUCAAUGUUUAACCUCUUUCUCUCAUUUUAUCCUAUUUUUACAGGCCGGCGAUUGCCUUGCAGAUACUGCUUCAUGACAUUUAGCAGUAUCUCAGUUCGUGCCGAUCACGAAGUAACAGUUCAUUUCAAACGCUCCAGAUAUCCAAAACGGCCUCUACGAAUCAGUGCAGUUUAUAACCGCCACCGCGAAAAGUUUAAUCAUAUUUCUAAGUUGCUAUCUCCUUCACAAUCCUUUUCUCAUUGUCCAUGGUGUUCACUUCCCAUGACUUCUCCAGAACUCCAUUUUGUUUCUCAUUUUCUUGCCGAUGCAUUUAUUUGUGGAAAGUGCGAUCGACGUUUUGUUGUUGGUUUCCUCUGCCUUCUUCAUUUACGAAAGAAACACCUUAAAGUGAAGUCGAAUUUGCGUGUCCUUGUUCGAUGUGAUAUACCCCCUAGUGUUCAACAACGAAUAGGUUUAAUGAAACGGACAAAUGUUGAAGCUAAUCUUAUCACCAGUGGUCCAGCAACCACUUUUGACAUUAUUAAUCUCCCUGAACAGCGGCAAGAAAGUACUUUUACCGAACAGGGAGGUCAAGAAAUCGUUUGGUUAACUGAGCCACAGCCGGAUAUUUCUCAAAAUGCUCCUCCUCUUAACUCUGUUGUUAUCAUUUCACCCGAGGUUGAACAAAUUCCUGUUUCACAACAGCCUGUCGAUCAGUCUUUUGUUUUGGAUCAGGGUUUCCAAUCCGGUGAUAUGUAUCUUUAUCCUCAGGAUAAUCUAGUUACCUAUUAUUCUGAGGACGUUGGUUAUGUGGAUAAUGCCACUUCAGCUUUCGACGCGGAUUAUCAGCCCACUCUCGAUUUCAUUCCUUCAAGUUUGGAUUUCAAUCCAGAAAAAGUUACGAUAGCCACCGAUCUCCAGCUACCUUUUCAGAGUCUAGAGGGUGGUAUGUCUGACUUUUUUGGUUGUUGUCAGUGUACUGCAAGAUUCGAUUGUAGUAUUGCGUUGUCCAAUCAUGCAGCAACUCAUCAAACACCUGCCCGUUAUUACAGCGUCUGUUGCAAUUGUGGUUGGUGCAGAUUGGAUUCAGGUGAGAGUGAACUAUGUCAAGCUUGUGGACAUGACACUUUCCAGCAAAUGGAAGGUCUAGUGGAAGGUGGCAGUUUGGUUGGAUUUGCCCGUUUCUAUUGUACUCAUUGUAAUGUUCCCUUUACGGAUUUGGUUCAGCUGGAAUCUCACGUAGCUGAAUUGUACACUUGUCAACCCCAAUCCAUUAUUGAAGAGUUUGCUACUGUGGAAACUAUCCAACCCCCUUCUCCACCGCGAAAUCCACCUCCACAAACAAAUCCUGUUAAUGAAAUCGUUUCCCAUCGUCAACCAAAUUUACCCAAAAAGCAACAUUUUCAGUUAUCUGAAGAGGAAUUAGAUAGAAUCCUACAAACUCAACCUACUCCCGAGUGUAGUCUUUCAGAGCGAUUGCUUUAUGAAGCAGCUUUUGAACGAAAUUUUCGAAGUUAUCCAACUGCUGAUAAGCAGACAACGACCUCAUCUUCAUCAUCAAUGGAUCGUCCGCACGUCUGCACAAUAUGUUCCUACCGUUUUCAACGCAGUUCUGAUCUGCAUCGCCAUAUGCUCCUGCACACUGGUGUUAGACCCUAUGCUUGCAAGUUUUGUGACAAACGUUUCAUUCUUCCCCGACGGUUACUGGCUCAUGCUACUAAUCACCAUGGCAGUGAAGGUGCAGCAUGGGCCACUGGUUUCCUCUCGGGACGACCGCGAUCACGAAAAAUGCUUUCAACGUCGGCUUCUCCAGGGUCUCUAAAUUGUCACCUUUGUGGGACAAAAUUAAGCAAUGCGGCUUCCCUCCACGCUCACAUGCGAAUCCACACUGGAACAAAAACAUACGCCUGUCCCUACUGCAAUGAAUGCUUUCGCACUCCAAUUCAACGCAAGCGACAUCUUAAAGUGUGCCAGAAAUCACAGCAAACUGAUCUAGAUACAGUUACUGCCACAGAGACCUUCGAUUUCACCCCAUUCCUUCUCGAUCUUCAGCAAACAUCUCAGCCGUCAGCCUCUACAAGUGGACUCAAGGAUCUACUUGCGAUUGAUCAACCCUCUCAGCAGAAGUAUGUUCGUCUUGAACCCGAGCGCGGAACCUCUUCAAGUGGUUUUGUCAGUCUCUGGCAAUGCCGAAACUGUCAGGAGACAUUCAAUUCUAAUAAGGCCUUUACAAGCCAUCAAUGCGUUAUUCUUCAUCAAUUCGAUAGCGGAGGAGCUAGAGGAGGAACGGUUGAACGCUCUCCUUUCACUUGCUCUGUUUGCAAACAUCAAUUCACUAGGAGAAACGAUCUGAAGAGACAUGAGCAAACUCAUGAGACCAAUGAUUUGCAGAGACGGCCAUUUUGUUGUGGAGUCUGUGGGGCAAGAUUUACGCAGAGUGGUAGUUUGAAUAUUCAUCUUCAAGCUACUGGGCAUGAUGAGACUUCAAUAGCUAGGCGACGAUUCAGAUGCCGAUUGUGUAGAAGUUCAUUCUUCUACCGAUCUGGCUUGAUUCGGCAUUCAGCGAUUGCUCAUGGAGUGAGAAGUAAUGAAGAAAACACAGGAGACUAG